CAACGAGUACCCCUCCAUUUCCUAGUUAAGGGCACUUACGGUUCUUCCGAAGCUCCGUGUACCGUGGGGCCGGCUACUUGCAGCUAAAGGAGACACAAUCACGGAGUAUUGUUGGAUAAACAUCUCCGAAGAAUGCGCCGCUCGGCGAGUGAAGCGCCCUUCGUGGAAGACUGAAAAAUACGUAUAAACCUUCCUUAGCAAGAGCAAGAGCAUCAAUCUCGCUCACUGCUCAUCAGAACAGACCAAGAAAAGCGAUGCCACUGAAAACACAGAUGAAGACUCUGGGCGAGGCGAAAGAGUCGGACGCGGCCUGCAUCGCCGACAUCCACAUCGCCGCAUUCGAGACCAACGUGCAGUUCAUCGCGCAAUUCCCAACCCCUCCUGUCCGCAAGGGUUUAUGGACAUCACUAAGGGACAAGGCAAUUAGCGAAAUACGCGAUCCAAAGUGGGUGGUCCUAGUUGUUCGCAACGAGGAGGAUCAAGUCAUCGGCUUUGCGAAGUGGUGUCGCCCCAUCCUGAAAUCCGAGAACUAUGAGGAACCGCCCUGGCAAUGGCCAGAAGGAACAAAUAUGGCCGCCUUAAACGAGUGGACGGCGAAGGUCGAAGCUGCAAACGCAAAGAUCCUCCACAAUACGCCCUGCUACCGUUUAAGUUUCUGUGCUACGGAUCCUCGCUAUCAACGCCAGGGAGUGGCUUCUUUGCUGGUAGGAUGGGGUAUGCGUCGCAGCAAGGAAGAGAAUAUUCCCGUUGCCCUCGAGAGCACACCCGAGGGAACAAUUUUCUACGAAAAGCUCGGUUUCAAGGCAGAAGGACGGAUCUCCAUGCAACUAGAUGGUGUAGGCCAGGAUGGCGCAUCCGUACUCUAUGAGGAAACCUGCUUUGUCUUCUGGCCGGAUUUCGUAGGCUGAGUUCCGCGUACGGUACGAUUCGCUACCGCAGGUUAGGGUCAAAGUGGUGGGAGACAUCGCCUCAUAUCACGAAUAGAGAUAUGCAUUAGCACCAGCAGUACUUCUGCUUUCCAAUCCAACUCAGCGACUUUUCCUGCUCG